AUGGCGAUUGCUGUAAUCACAGUCUGCAGUGGCGGUGUCGUCCCUUUACAUGGGUUACCACCAGUAGCUAAACUGGCUGCAGUGGAUCCUGGACUGAAUUACGACCCCCACCCCCAGUACACGUACGCUUAUGACGUGCAAGACACGUUAACAGGGGACUCGAAAAGCCAGCACGAGAGCCGAAACGGCGACGUUGUUAGCGGCAGCUAUAGCUUCAUCGAAGCUGACGGCACGAGGAGGAUCGUCGAGUACACGGCUGACCCUGUGAACGGGUUCAACGCUGUGGUCCACAGGGAACCGGUGGCUGUCAUCAAACCAGCCGUCAAGGUCGCUCCCUUGACUACGAGGAAUCUUACCCUGGGGCAUCAGUCCUCUGGCGAUCUCUCUCGCAAAAUCAACAUGGCUGGAAAGCUCAUCGUACUCCUAAGCUUGGCGGUCGUCGCGAAGGCGGCGGUGGUACCAGUCGCGGCUCCCCUGGUGGCGGCUGUACCGGCAAAGCUCGAGGACCUGGACACUGUGCCGCAGUACAGUUUCGCUUACGACGUACAGGACGCCGUGACCGGUGACUCGAAGGCCCAAUACGAAACCCGUAGCGGGGACAUCGUGCAGGGUAGUUACAGCUUGAUCGAGGCGGACGGUACCCGCCGAAUCGUCCAGUACACCGCCGACCCGAUAAACGGAUUCAACGCAGUGGUCAGCCGUGAGCCGGUCACAGCUGUGGCGGCUUUAGCUGCACCGUUAGUGCCCUACGCGCCGGCCAUCGCGCCAUCUGUCGGCGCAGCACCGAUUCUACCCGCCGCGGCUGGCCCAGCCCCGUCGAUACCCGCCAACGGACCCGACUCCGACGUCGAAGUGGUCGAAGCAAGGUCUGGACCGCUCCGUGCCGCUCCCAGCAGGGAGGAGCAGCUCAGGCAGCAACAAGAGCAGCAACUCCAACAGCUGAAAGAGCUCGAGAGGCAGCAACUGGAACAACAACAGCAACAACUCCGCCAGCUUCAGCAGCUCCAACAACAGUCCAGGCUGCAGUUCCAACAGCAGCAACGUCAGCAGCCACAGAGGACUGAACAGAGGCUGGAGAUGAAGGAGAACCAAGAACAGCCGCAGAGGCUUCAACAGGCCCAGGAAGCACCAAUCAGAGCUGUCGCCGCUCCGGUCCAGAUCCCUGUGAAAGCUCAACGAUUGAUCGGUGUACCCGAUGCUAGGGCUUUCAACAGCUACCCAGUUGCUUAUUACUCCACCUACUCGUCCCCGUUAGCGUACGCUGCCCCCCUUGGCUACACACCCGCCGCUGCCGCCGCCAUUUUGUGA